CUUAAUAAUUAUAAUAAAAUUAACAUAAUUAAAUUCAUGAGAAUUCAAAUAAUUCUUUUUGGAUAAUUUCUUCUCUUCUUCCAUUUGUUUUUUCAAGCUUGUGAAGUUACACCUAUUGCCAAAUUCAUAUAAAGUUCCUGAUAAUGAAAGCAACAUUCCUGGUGAUGUUUGGAUAUAUAAUGAAAAAGCUUUUUUUAACUUAAUGGUAUAGCAAAACUCACCCCCCAAUUUUUGUAAAAAAAAAUAAAAAAUACUCACCCCCUAUUAUACGAAGGCUAGAACAAACAAUAACCACAAGAAACCCAGUAUAAUUUCACCUGUGGGGUCUGGGGAGGAUAGUCUGUACGCAGACCUUCUUUACCUUGACAAAACCUAUACUAGGCACCAAUAAAUAGAUUUAAAAAAAAAAAAAAACAGAAUUACACUGAAAGAACUGCACCAAACUCUAAAAGAGACAAAAAAGUAGCAGAAAUUGCAAAAAAGUACCUCCAAAUAUGAAUUCCUGCUAAAUCCUUUUUUCCGUACAGUUCCUGUCAAAUCUAACAGAUAAAGUUGGUUAAAAUUUUGAUUGAGAUCGAAAGUGUUUACUUUUGGGAAACUUAAAGGACUAAAACUGUUCAGAACAUACUUUAAAGACUAUUUUGAACUUACUCCUAACUAAGGGACCAUUUUUGUCAUUGUUUCCACUUUGUUAUUGUAUCUGUUGAAUUCGCUCGAACUCUGCUUUUUUAAAUCCCCUGCUAUUGAAAAUAAAACCUCCCCUCUCAAAUAUUAGAGAAUAAAUACUACACUACACAAAAGCUCCUACCCCUUAAUUUCCUGCUUGUUACUUUCAAGAUUUAGCAACUCAUUUUUCUCUACUUAAUUAUCCCUCUUUACUGUUUUCCUUUGCUUAUAAGAAAACACAAAAUCGCAAGAAAUAACUGAUCAGACGAAUUCAAAAAGAUGGAAGAAGAUUGGGGUGAUAUUUUUAAUGGCCUUCAAGAAAUUGACAGUGAACAAGAAAUUCAAGAAACAGAAACAGAUGUUGGAGAAGAUACUGAAUAUUUCGUCGACCAAAUGCUUAAAAAAGAAACAAAAAUUACCAUUGCUGGGCUCGACAACACUGUUUCUUCAAGAAUUAUCCGCCAUGCCUGGCUUCUAGAAGCUCGCCAUAUUGCAAUCGACAACAUUGUUAGAACAGGAGGAAAAUUUGCGUUCAGAAAAAUCACAGCAUACACAGCAGUGAUUUAUGUUGACAGGUUUUUUUCAAUAAUGCCAGUACAAAGUGAAAGAAUCUGGAUAGCAAAGUUACUGUCAACGGCAUGUUUACAUUUGGCUGCUGAUAAAUGGGAGGAUUUUGAAGUAUACUUACCAGAAUAUGCGGAAUUUACCAAUUUGGAUACGAGAACCAUAAUCAAUAUGAAGGAAUUUGUUGUUAAAGAAUUUGGAGGGACAAAGACUUGUGUUACUCCUAUACGUUUUGUCAAAUAUUUCAUAUCAAAAUUCUGCAAAGAUGAUUCAAGAAUAGAGUACGCCAAAAUCAAAACUGUGGAAGUCAUCAUGAGUACACUUGGAGGUAAUUACUACUAA